UACAACAUGCAGCAAUGCAGUCGCACGGCAUAUGGCUUGCCUAUUGACAAUUUGACAGGCAACGCAUGUGUGUACACAUACGAACACAUGGCUUGAGUGAUCGGGUUUUAACGCGCGGGUUGAUGUCUGCUCACCAAAAGGAGUCGAUCGGAUUCGUUGUUUGGUGACGGAUUUCUCCAUCAAUAUGUGACAGCAAAAACUACAUGUACGUUAACCUAGCUCAAGGCACCCCUGGAAAUGCCCGUCCGCAGGGGCCAUGUGGCCCCUCAGAACACGUUCAUUGAUACAAUCAUUCGCAAGUUCGACGGACAAAAUCGGAAUUUCAUCAUUGCCAAUGCCAAGGUGGAGGGUUGUGCCAUCAUCUUCUGUAAUGAUGGAUUCUGUGAGCUCUCCGGCUACUCACGAGCUGAGCUCAUGCAACGACCCUGCUCCUGUGUCUUCCUGCAUGGGGAAGGGACCAGCCACGAGUCCAUACAAGAGGUACAGGAAGCACUAGACCAAGGCGAGGAGCACCAGGUGGAAAUAACCUACUACAGGAAGGAUGGAAGCAGUUUUCUGUGCAGUGUCCUGGUGGCACCAGUCAAGAACGAAAAUGAGGAGGUGAUUAUGGUGAUCAUGAACUUUGAGGAUAUCAGCGGCGUCAGUAAGAUUCCUUCAGCAUCCUCAUCAGUACCCACUGAAGCAUCUUCCUGCACAUUAUCAUCAUCCCUGUCUGUGAAUACACCUAUGAACAGGUGGAGAAGAGCAAGAAAUAACCACCGAACAUUUCGUCUUCGCCUACCGUCCCUGUACAAACAACACAAGAUGCAAAUGGCAGAUGAGGCAUUGAAUGGGGAUGGGGUGGACCCUGAGAACUCUACAUGCCCUUCAGAGGCAGAAGGGUCCAUGCCUCUGAUAGACCUCAGCAGCAAGGACGUCAGCCAGCAUGGUGUAGCUCCAUCUCCUACCCAGUCCACACGAUCUGUACAGUCAGACUCCUUCCAUGCUACCACCGAAGCCACCACCAGCUCAGCUGACUCGGGGAUACGGCGGGAUAUGGCUCGACUGCACCAAUCCCUGUGCUCUGUUGGGGACCGGUUAUUGGAAGGAACCAGCCAGCUCCAAGUAGAUGAGUGCCAGGGAAUCGCUGAGAUUCGGAACCCUGCCAUACGAUCCCCUUCCAACACAUCUUUCUCCAAUCAGAGUGGCUGGAGUGUACGGCGUGUUUCAUCCCUAGAAGGAUUGGAAAGUCAGCGAGAGAAACAAAAGCAGCUUCAAACAGAAUCACUUGGUCCUAGUUCCAGAAGAGGUAUGCAGUUUGCCGUGUCAGAUUCAGACUUGAGCAGAUACAAAGCUGAACGCCUACUGAAUGGCAGCAACAAGUUGAAUGGCAGCCGCCUAUAUGACAAAGAUUCCUCCCCUACAGCCAGCACAGCCACACAAAACAUGUACACUCCAGUUACCUCCAAGGUUUCUCAAGUGCUUUCCCUGGGGCCUGAUGUGCUUCCUGAGUAUAAACUACAGUCCCCACGCAUUCACAAAUGGACAAUCCUUCACUAUUCACCCUUCAAGGCCGUGUGGGAUUGGAUCAUUCUCCUCUUGGUCAUCUACACAGCUAUCGUGACACCUUACAAUGCGGCCUUCCUGCUGGAGCGGCCAGCUGAGAAAGCAGCUCUGGACAAAAACCCUGAAUCUCGGUCUGGCGCUGAACGCUACAGUGAUCCACUGACCGUGAUUGACCUGAUGGUGGAUGUCAUGUUCAUUAUUGAUAUUCUCAUCAAUUUUCGCACAACCUACGUGAAUAAGAAUGAUGAGGUGGUGUCCAACCCAGGAAAGAUUGCUGUGCACUACUUCAAAGGAUGGUUUCUGAUCGAUGCAGUAGCCGCUAUUCCAUUUGAUCUUCUCCUCUUUGGUGGUAAUGACAAGCAAUCCACUACCCUCAUUGGUCUUCUGAAAACAGCCCGCCUUCUACGACUUGUCAGAGUUGCGCGAAAACUGGAUCGCUACUCGGAGUAUGGGGCUGCAGUGCUCCUUCUGCUCAUGUGCAUAUUUGCCCUCAUUGCUCAUUGGCUGGCCUGUAUCUGGUUUGCUAUUGGGCAAGUUGAAAAGGGAAUGGACAAGAACAACAACAACAUUGGCUGGCUAGAUGACCUAGCCCGAAAGACUAAAACGUCUUUUAACGAGACUACAAUAGAGUCCAAGUACAUUACAGCAUUGUAUUUCACAUUCAGCAGUCUGACCAGCGUGGGAUUUGGCAAUGUCUCACCCAACACCAACUCAGAAAAAAUAUUUUCCAUUUGUGUCAUGUUGAUCGGAUCUCUGAUGUAUGCAAGCAUCUUUGGCAAUGUCUCGGCCAUUAUCCAGAGGCUGUAUUCCGGCACGGCUCGCUACCACACCCAGAUGCUGCGCGUCAAGGAGUUCAUCCGCUUCCAUCAGAUCCCUAACCCACUCAGACAGCGCUUGGAGGAAUAUUUCCAGCAUGCAUGGUCUUACACCAAUGGCAUUGACAUGAACAUGGUUCUCAAAAGCUUCCCAGAAUGCCUGCAAGCUGAUAUCUGCCUUCACCUGAACCGUAACCUCCUUAACAACUGCGCGGCAUUCAAAGGGGCCAGCCCAGGUUGUCUGCGAGCAUUUUCCAUGAAGUUCAAGACUACCCAUGCUCCGCCAGGAGACACCUUAAUUCAUCGGGGUGAUGUGCUCUCUGCACUGUAUUUCAUCUGCCGAGGAUCUAUUGAGAUCCUUAAAGAUGAUGUGGUCUUAGCAAUACUAGGGAAGGAUGAUGUCUUUGGGGAAAACUUCUGUCAGUACGACACUGUAGGCAAGUCCAAGUGUAACGUGCGAGCCUUGACGUACUGCGACUUGCACAAAAUCCUGAGGGAAGACCUGCUAGAAAUUCUUGACAUGUACCCGGAGUUCUACCAUCAGUUUGCUAAAAACCUUGAAAUCACCUUUGUGCUUCGGGAUGAAGACAUUGCUUUAAAAGGUCUGGAUAACGAGAAUGAGAAUUCUUCAGAUGCAGAAUUCAAAAACCAAGCAGGGAGUAAACAAACACACGAGAAGACUAGACAGAGGAAAGGCCGCUAUCAAAAGAAGGGAGCUGCUAAGGACUCAACCUCGGUCGCUGUGGUACAGAACCGCCGCAAGAAGUUCUCGCAAAACCGCGGGGGCAGCUCAGCUACCUUGGACUCCAGUGAUGAGGAGUGCGGCACAGGCAUCCUUGAAUUCUCUCCAGACAUGGCCGGUCGUGAUGUCACCCCGGCCCCAGAGAUAGUGCUGCAGCAGGAGGACUACCGGCGCAGCGGGGGAGGCGCUGGCGCAUUCAGCGCUAUUGCAGGUAGUUCCACCGAGAGUGAAUUAUAUAACAGCCAUGGUGCCUUGUCUGGUGUGAACAGCAUAAUGCAUGCUGUGACUGGUGCUCGGCGAUUCACACCUGAGCACUCCUCUCAUAUGAAACGCAAAGCACGCCACUAUACAGUGAAUACCGGGUCUGCGUUGUCCCCAGGCAGUCAGGAAACCAGUUUCUCCCAGUCUGCACCAGAUAUGACAGGGAGUGGGAACCAGCCAGAUGUAACAAUUGAGGAUGUGAGCAGUUUUAUCCUUCCUAGUGCAGACAUAGAGCGACGGCUUGAUGACCUCCAGCAUCAAAUGACCAGAUUGGAAUGCAAAGUCACCUCUGAUAUGGCAACCAUCUUGGAGUUGCUUAGGAAGAACUACUCCCAGGCUUUGUCAGGACCCACACCAUUGCUGGCCAACCGACCUCGCCAGGCUCGACCCACUUUACCCAGGAUGUGGUCUGGUCCCAGACCCCAGAGUCCCACUGCGACUGAGCCUGCAAACUCUAACAGAGUGGACUCCUCAGCACCAUCUGAUGGAAUGAGAGCAGAAUCCGAAAACACAAACAGCAGUGUGGAAGGAUCGCAACGUGGAAGCUUUCCCAAGGACUUGGCAGCAGCCUCUUCUGACACAUCUAACACCCAAGUUGACGGACCAUUCAGACGGAGACACCCUGAGACUUUGCUGUUGUCAUCCAUGUCUGACAUCUCAAUCGACAGUCAGACCAGUCUGCACAUAGAUGAUUUGGAAACUCCUCCAUUUUUGCAAAAAGGCUCUUCCAUGUCCAGGACUUCCACUAGUCCCUCACCUCUCUCGUCACCAUGGCAGAGUGCUGGUACGCAGACAACUGAAUUCCCUACUGUUAGAACAUCACCAGACACGGAGACAUCACCCUCAUCAUCAGUGCGCAACACUGAUGUCUAAGUUACAAAGAUUAAUUUGAAGCUCACUUGAUCACAUUGUCUCACUUAUUAGCACAGUACUUGUAUAUGUAUUACAAUGAUGAUAUUUCCAUUCUGUACAGAGAAAAGAAGCCAUUCGUAUUUAGCAGUAGUGUACAUAUUAAUGCUAGGAAAGACAUCCGUACGUCAGACCAAGUACACUUUUUAAAAUGUAAAAUCUUUUACCUGUUUUUAAGUUUUGAAAAUUUCCUUUGGCCUCUAGGGACAAUGUACAGGACACUUUCAUAGCUCAAUACAAGAAGGAAGAGAACUAGGAAAGGUCAGUUUGGAAUGUAUGUCACACGGUGAAAAAUGUCACAUGCUAGUGCAUCACUGCACCUGCAUUGACACAGGAAUGUGCAUCUCUUUUUUACCAUAUUAGGAGAAUUUGAGAAAAGACAGACACGGUAUUUGCAUGUUAACAUGUGUGAUUGUGAUGAUGGGUCAUUGUUUGGUAACCCUGUCUCUUGGGUGGAUGUAUUCCUCUAUUCAGACUUUCACCUAGUCUGUCACUGCUCUGUGUCUGCUCUGCAUCUACAACUAUCAUUUUCUUAGGGACAUCCAAUGGACACAUGGACUACAGACCAAUUAUUACACAUCAGUGAAUUAGGGAGAAGAAAAUUGAUGCAGCAUCUGAAGUGGGUAUGUGACAGAUGUCAACUGCUUGGUGGUGGUAUCUUUUCACAGCAACCUGUACCCAUUAUUCACUUGCCUAAAAUCUCAAUUUUUGAGAACAAGAAGAUACUGGUGUCCUUUUUAUAACUGAGCUGUACACGGCUAAUCCUGGCUGUUGAUAAAAUUAUUUGUACACAAUUUGUACUACAUUUCUUACCACAGUUUCUGGUUUCCAGCGCUCCACCAUAGAAACAUAUGGGCUUUGGCGCGGGCCAUGUACAGCUGUUGAGUUCAAGUGCAACACACAGUCACAUCCACUGAUUUUGUGUAUUGACAAAAGAAAUCAAGUAAAAUGUGACUGUUUAACCUGUCAUCAAUAUGAAUAUACAUAACCUAAAACAUGCUAACACACUGUGUGCAACUGUCAGAGAACUUCAUUGUGGGUUUACACAUUCAUCCACACGAGGUAGUCAACACAAGGAUGACUAUGUAGGACCCAUGUUCUUUUUUAAUGACUGUCGGUACCAAAUGAGUGUACUUAAUCGGCUAAUCUUUGGUGGUUAAGCAUUAAAGCUUUGACAUACUAUUGAAAUAUUUGUGUCCAAAUGGCGAUCUACAGAGGGAGCUUGUGCAGUAUAAACUCGUCUAGCUGUGUAUAGGUGCAGUGCAACACUAUUGGUUUUAAUGUCAAAGACGGUUUACAUUUGUGGCAAGUUACUUAAAACAGGUAAUUCAAUGAAAGAGUUGUGUUGUUUUUAUCAAAAUUUUAUGAGGUCUUUGGCACAUGACGUGUAAUUUUAUUUAGUAAAUUUUUAAGUUUGUGUGGUUUCUCUGAACGAAGACGAAGAUCUUUGUAGAAAAGAAAAGAUUGAUGUUUUUAUACAGUAAAUUUCUGAUUUGUUUGAUGAACUUUUUAACCUUGCUUGUAUAAUGAUACUAUAGUUGGCAACUUGAGUUUGUCUCUUCCCACCUUUAAAUCAUAAAAUCAAGAAUAGGAUUCAUUACAUUACAGUAAUACAGUCACUUGUCUGAAGUAAGUCCAUCAAUAUUGAGUGAAUAAGUAGCUUUGCACUAAGCUUAGCUGCUUCAUAAGACUGAAGACACUCUUAUACUUCCCUGGCAGAAAAAAAAAGUAUUUCUGAGAGUAGACCGCAUUAGAGCAGUGCUUUGGUCCAGUCCUACAGUAUAGCUAUCCACUUAGAUGCUAUCCAAAUAGUUGCCAGCCAUCUUUAUUGGCACAAGCUUAAGGAUGUGGCUAGUCCUUUAUUUAUUUGGCUUAAUAGCUCCCAUCUACAAACUCAUUUCAGUGUUCUCAAAUGAGGCGACCAUGAUCAACUCACACAUUGUCCCAGUGCUGCCCACCUGAGUUGAAGUUUUUUGGAGUGACAUUUAUACUUGAUGAACUGCAACUAUUCAAACAUCUGGACCACCCAUUGCAUUCAUUCAAGUCAAAUAUGGGGUUAGUUUGAUCACUAAAUUUUGCAUUGACAUCCCUAAAGUUAAAGCAGUGAGGCAGGCUUGAAAUCGGAAUGGAUGGAUGGCAGUAAAGGCCAAUAGUUAUAUUUACCGGAUCUGUGUUCUCAGACCUUUUCAUCAAACUGUAUCUUGCAAGCAGCUUGCCUCCCGCACUAGCCUGAUUGUUGUAGUAAUUUAGAAUGCUGCGUAUUUUUGUUCAUCAGAGAUUUCUUCAUUGUAUAUUACCACAUUUGUAUGCACAUUAGAGGCCUUGAAAACACUACUACUCUUACAGAAGAAAAUUCUGCAUCAUUUUGAUACACUGGUGAUAAAAAAUAUAUAUUUAUCUAUGGUGUAUACAGUGUAAAGCUAAAGGCAGCUCUUCGAUUCAUUUACAGUAGUGAUGCUGCUUUACUGUUUUGCACUUUUUUCUCCAGUAAUGUAUUUGCUCCUAUUGCAAAAAUGUUGUUAAGAUAGAGUGCUGAGUAAAAGAGCAGAUGACUUUCAAGCAAUUUGUGCAUAUUCCUCUUUUAUGUUAUCGCUAUUCAAUAAAGUCUGUAUUCACGAGAGCCACUGGUAUUCCAUGACUAAUUGUGUGAAAUCAAAUGUAAACAAUUCGUAGAUUCGGUAUCACAUGUAUUCUCAUCCCUGAAAAUCACUUAAAAGCAAUAAAACAGGUUGUGGACUACAUCAAGUGUACAGGAAGCUGUCUCGGGUGUGGCCAUUUAUCUUUUGUUGUGCUCUCAUAAGAAACAGAAUUCGGCAAAUAGAAACAUCUAGCUCAGUUAGAGCGCCAUUAUAUGGAACUCUCGUCAGAGAGGAGAGAAUAUCUAAUGAUGGAUUGGUUGAUUGUUCCAUCAUUUAGUCGGUAUAGUCUACAGUAAUGCAUGGAUUUAGCCUCUUUCCUUGCUUGAUGUUUUCCGCCAAUCAGUAAACAGUCAGUUGAUUGCUACAUUCAGGCAAAAGUUUGGUUUGUAUAGUCCGUUCAGUCACGUUUUCUGUGGAGUUUACUUUCCAUCAGUCUUUGACCCGUUAAUCAGAGUUAAUCCUCAUCCAUUAAAGAUUGGUACAUCAAUCAUUUGGUUUCAUGAA